AUGGAUUUGAUAACGCAUAGGAAUAUCGUCAUAAACGGGUUCUUGGUUGUCCGGAAGUCACGGGUUUGCUUGUCCGAUGAAGUGUUCUCAACUCUAAUAUCCAUCCCCUUCCGUCUGCCCUCCACUCUCCCUCACUCUCCUCCCACCAUGCUCGGCAGCGGCAUGCCCUAUCCCCACGAUGAUCACCAUGACUCUCGUCCUCCAAAGCGCCCUCGAAACCUCUCAGUACACGGCGACCAACCCCAGCACUUGUCUGGCCCACCAGUGCCUAUGGACGACCAGGGAUUCACCGCAGCGGUGGGGGCAGAUAACUCGAGAAACAGCCGAUCUGAGAUGCCACAACCACCCGCACCCAUAAAUCGACCCAGGACAGACGACAAGAACAACCGCAAACUCUCCUGCAAGGAGUGUCGGCGCUUGAAACUCAAGUGCGAUCGCGUAUUUCCUUGCCAGUCCUGCGUAAAGCGAGGCUGUGGGAGUCUCUGUCCAGAAGGUGCCCUAACCUCCGGACGUGGAAGCAGGUUCAUUCUCGCGAAUACGGAACAGCUGCACGAAAAAAUCUUCGAACUCAGCGAACGCGUUCGCCAACUCGAAGAUGCCCUCGAGUUCCUCCAAUCACGAUGCUCUAAUCAGCCUCAUCCUCUUCUUGCCCCUGACCUCCUGAAAAUCAAAACCUCACAAGAGCUCUACGGAACCAUGAAUAUGCAGCCACUACAGCCGCCGCAGCCUGUGGCGUCGACAUCCUCCUCAGAAUAUUCUGCGCCUGCACGAGAAACAACGGCACGAGAUGAAUACCUUCGCAAGUCUGUUGGGGCCUUGUCGCUGAACACCCAACCUCCUUAUGCAGAAAGGUCACGACCCAAGACAAUAGAACGACUCCCAACACGAGAUUCCACACCUCCAGAAGUCGGCUCAGACAUCCUUCAACUCAGCGCAACAUUCCCGUUCCCUUGGGCCGUCGACGUCAGCAUACGCAAACGCAUCCGUGACGUCCUGCCUCCGCGCGACGAGGCCAUGCGAAUCUGCGAAGAGGCUCGCAACAACGCUCUCUGGCAGUUCAACAUCGACGCCUCGGAGACCUUCCUGCCAAACCUCCUUAACUACUGCUACGCGACGCCGAUUGAGGCGCUGAGCCCGCGGCGGCUGGCGCUCCUCCUGAUGCAUCUCUCCAUAGGCUCGCUCGUGGACUUGACACGCCCGCUUGGCUCGCUACACGGCGAGGCGUACCACCACCUUGCACGAGCAGCCGUAUGCGAGAUCCCGCUCAUGGAAGAACCGGACUUUGAUGUCCUCCACGCCCUCUUCUUCAUGAUCUGGUACCACCUCAUCUUCUCCGACAACAAGAAAGCGGUGGGGUACGCCUGGAAUCUCAUGGGUUUCGUUGCCAAACUAGCUCAGGGGCUCGGCCUGCAUCGCGAGACGCCUCGACUGAAGGUUAUCCCAGAGGAGCACGAGAAGCGCCGUGCGGUAUUUUGGGAAUUGCUCAACAUGGACUGCCGUAUGGCUCUCUCGCUCGGUCGCCCGCCGUCUAUACGCCUUGCGCACGUCGACGUCAGGCCCCCCGCGUAUGUCGGCCCCGGUUUGUUCGUGCCCAGGGAAGAGAUCGUUUACCACGAAUGGAAAAACGAGUUCUUCAUCAAAUGCCUAACGCCGUUGUUGGAGGCGAUGAUCUCCGUCGAACCGCUCGACUACAACACCAUCGUCGGGCUGGACACGUCGGUCCGAGACUUCGGCGUGCCCUCGAUCCUCGACCAGCCCAAGCCCAAUGACGUAAGCCCACGCUUUCUGGUCAUGCAGCGCGGGCUCGUUGUGAUGGGUCGCGAGAUUGCCCUGUUGCAGCUACAUCGGCGGUAUUUCACGGACGCAAUGAGCGGGCCCGAACCCUUCGACCUUACCCAUGUAUAUGCGCCGUCGGUACUCGCGACGUACCUCAGCGCGUCGAAUUUGAUCUCGGCGGUGGAGACGCUGUUCGAACAGGAGCAGCAGCUGAGUGUGAGGUUCCUGCAUUUCUGGUUUAAUACGUUCUCUGCUGCUGUCACGCUGUCGCUGCUCAUCUCACGGGCACCCUCGACUCCUCUGGCAGGUUAUGCCUUCUCAGACUUGGAGAGAGCCUUCCGGUUAUUCCGAGCCGCGGCGAAGAUUCUACCGUUCAGCGGCAAGUCGCUACCUGUCAUGGAGAAACUCCUCGACAAAUCGAAGAAGGUGCUAAUGAAGUCGCACACAGCCGAGUCUAAUCGAUCAUACGCUGGCUAUCCCCAACCGCAGCCGACACUACCACCGUCUUUCCAAAACUCGCACUCGCAACUCACACAAUACGCCGAGCGGAUAGCUGCGUGCUCGCCUCUCCGCGACACGGACAUGGCGGACGGCUCGCAAGGGGCACAGCCGCCAUCUGACCCGGCAGAAAACAAGCAAGAGCCAACGUGGCUAGCGGACAUCUACCACUUCGCGAGCAUCGGGAUCAGCAUCGAGGAGCGGUAUGGCUUCGCCUCGACACGUGCAUCACCUUUCGUCUCCUCCUCGCCGCGCAUUGCAGAGAACGAGACAUUCAACUUCGACCACGGCGCCCUAACACGCGACCUCGUCGAAGAGACGAGCUAUAUGGCCUGGUUCUAG